GUCCAACACAUGCAGCCCGCCUUCGCAUACUGAGCUACCUAGAAGUUCGAGGAUGUCCCACAUCUGUCUGGGUCCUCUGUCCCAAUUUUCUUCGCUCACCAAGUUGCUUGAAUCUUUUUGACAAUGGCGGACGAGGUGGUUCUGCUGGGUUUCUGGCCCAGCAUGUUCGGGAUGAGGGCGAGGAUCGCGCUGGCUGAGAAGGGGAUCAAAUACGAGUAUAAGGAGGAGGACUUGAGGAACAAGAGCGAUCUGCUUCUCAAGAUGAACCCGGUUCACAAGAAGAUCCCGGUUCUCAUCCACAACGGUAAACCGAUCUGUGAGUCCCUCAUCAUCGUUCAGUACAUUGACGAGGUCUGGAACCACAAGUCCCCGCUGCUGCCCUCUGAUCCUUACCACAGAUCUCAUGCCAGGUUCUGGGCUGACUUCGUUGAUAAGAAGGUGAAUGGUGUUGGAGGGAAGUUAUGGGAUACAAAAGGAGAAGAGCAGGAGGCAGCAAAGAAGGAAUUCUUGGAAAUGUUUAAGACAUUGGAGAGAGAGCUUGGUGGGAAGCCUUACUUUGGGGGUGAAACAUUUGGGUUUGUCGACAUUGCUCUCGUCUCUUCCUACACGCAUUUGCAGGUAUUCUACGAGAGAUUUUGCAAAUUCAGAAUGGAGGCUGAGUGCCCCAAGAUUGUUGCAUGGGUUAAGAGGUGCAAGCAGAAGGAGAGUGUCGCCAAGUCGCUCCCUGACCAGAAGAAGAUUUCUGACUUUCUCUCCAAGUGGUUUGAACCUGACGUAGCAGAAGACUAAGGUAACUAAUCAAAGAGUAGCAUCUUUGUUUCUGUAAGGAGAAGCGUCUUCGUCUUCUAUUAAAAAAGAUAAAAACAAGCCCGCAUGUUAAAAGAAGGAUAAAACUCCGCAGAGUAUUUGA